UCACAUCCCAAUCCACCACAAUGCCGCCAUUGACACUGGAAGAGAAGACGCACAUUGCCCAAGAGUUGCGUAGCACUACGCAGGAGCUCAAGGACCGCGGCUUGCUGGUCGCCGCUAAAUGGGCAUGCGAGCUGCUGUCCGCCCUUCCCAAGGAGGCGCGGACGCGCCCGUACCUUCACUUCUCGCCACCAGCACGUCAAGCUGGUCUUCCACCAUUGCGUGGGCGACCUUCUAUCAUGACCGAGAUGAGCUUCGAGAGCGAUGGCUUUCCCGAGGCCGACGAAGACGACAUGCUGGAUGAGGACACAUUCCAGCUCGCGAAGAGCUACUUUGACAUCAAAGAGCACGAUCGCGUGGUCGCGGUGCUUAAAGGGGCGAAGAGCGUGCGGGCGCGCUUCCUGAGGACGUAUAGCGCAUAUCUCAGCGCGGACCGGAAGGCGCAGGAGAGCCUAGGUCACUUCCUGGACACCAAGCAGGAGCGGCACGCCUUGUUCCCUCCCCUCAACAAGCUUCUGAGCGAGAUCGAGGGCGACUUGGACCCCUAUCUCCUGUAUCUGCAAGGGUUACUCCACAUGCGUCUGGAGCAGAAGGACUCCGCCAUCGACUGCUUUAUCGAGAGCGUCCGGGGCCGACCGUACAACUGGAGUGCAUGGACACAGCUUGCGCAGCUUAUCGACUCGGCCGACAAAUUCAUCGAGAUAAAGGAACGCCUUCCAUCAGGCCCCAUGCGGACCUUUUUCGCCAUCAACGUGAUGCUUGACCUCCACACAGCCACCGACCUUGUCAUGACGAUGAUCACUGAGCUUCUCGACACAUUCCCCGGCAGUGUGCACCUAAUAGCCCAGAAGGGUAUGGUGUACUACCACAUGAGGGACUUCCAGCGGGCCGAGAUUCAGUUCGACCACGUCCAGUCUGUUGACCCUUUCCGCAUGGAGGAGGUUGACAUCUACAGCAACAUGCUGUACGUGGUGAACAAGAAGACCAAACUCGCCCAGCUCGCGCACCAGUACGCUGAGAUUGACCGCAAUCGACCUGAGGUGUGCACCUUGAUUGGGAACUACUACUCUUCACGAGGGGACCACACACGCGCAAUCCAAUAUUUCAAGCGUGCUCUCAUGUUCAACCGCGACUACUUGCCGGCGUGGACACUGAUGGGACACGAGUUUGUUGAGCUGAAGAACACGCAUGCGGCCAUCGAAGCGUAUCGCAAGGCGAUUGACGUCAACGCCAAAGACUACCGUGCGUGGUACGGUUUGGGGCAGGCCUACGAGUUGCUGGACAUGGCGCACUACGCCGUCGAGUACUACAACCAGGCGACUACGCUGCGGCCCUACGACUGCCGCAUGUGGACGGCCCUGGCCUUGGUGUACGAGCAGCUUGGCCGGGUCCCGGACGCUAUUUCGGCACAUACACGCGCCCUGCUCGGCGCGGACCACAAGCAAACCCCCGACAUCUUGGGCAAGCUCGCGACGCUGUACGCCGCCGAGGGACAGCCGAGCAAAGCUGUUGAGUAUCAUCGCAAAAUCCUUGCGCUGGGAAUGCGGGACGAGGCCCCUCUCGGCGCCAUGGCUGGAUCCUACUUGGCAGUCGCGGCGUGGGAGAGUCGGGAGGGCGGAGAAUGGGCACUCGCCGCGCAAUACCUUCAGAAGAUUGCGGAGAGUAAUCUGCCUGAGCGUGAUGCCGCUGCUGACUUGCUCCGCGAGCUGCGUAUUCGCGAGGCGCGUGCCGCGGCGUCGUAGCUCGCGCAUAAGCUCAUUAGCGGCAAGGGGUCAACAGAGGGUCGGAGGAUGAUCUGAGGCAUCGAUUGAAACGAUCUUUGGCGCUGGAGCGGACUAGCAUGUGUAGAAUCAUUCGGAGCCGUACCUCCACACACACACUGUAAACUAUACAAGAUACUUGUGCAUUAUUCCACAUUUUGA